AUGUUCAGGCGAGCAAUGAGCACGGAGGGUCCCAUGGCACAAGCCAUCCUGAAGAGACUGGAACGUGGGUUUCCAGACUACAAGAACUUUGCGUUUGGACUAUACAACGACUCGUACAAGCACAAGGGCCAUGCUGGCAUGCAGGGGAAUGCCUCUGCAGAAACCCACUUCCGCAUUGAGAUGAUCAGCAAGAAGUUCGAAGGCUUGAAGCUACCACAACGCCACCGCAUGGUUUACUCCCUCCUGCAAGACGAGAUGGCGCAGACGAACGGCAUCCAUGCCCUGCAAUUGUCACUGAAGACCCCACAGGAGUAUGGGUCCAAGGCAAAAUAG